CACCCACUGAUGUAUGAACAUAAGGACCCACCACAGAGGCAGCAGGCAGCAGGGCUCGAAGGAGGAACGAGACCCCAAAGCAGGACCACAAGUAGGUCGGUGAGCUCCGGACCAGAGACGAUGGGGGCUGCGAUGGGCCCCCUUCUACACUGGCUGCACGAUGUGGCAGCUGUUACUCUCCUCAAAGCCCGGCGGACUUUAUUUCAGGCAGCCAUCCUGUUUUGUGUCCUGGGUCUGCUUCUCUGGGUGUCCAUCUUCCUCUAUGGAAGCUUCUACUACUCCUACAUGCCCACUGUGAGUUUCUCCACCCCUGUGCACUUCUUCUACACCUCUGAUUGUGAUGCCUCACAAGCAGGGCUUUGUUCAUUCCCCACUGCCAACAUCUCUUUCAUGAAGAAUGAGAGGGACCAGGUGAUGGCUUAUGGCCAGCCUUAUCGAAUAUCCUUGGAGUUAGAGAUGCCAGAGUCUCCGGUGAAUGAACAGUUGGGUAUGUUCAUGGUCAAGAUGUUUGCUUAUACCAAGGGUGGGAAGACUGUCUCAUCAGUGGGACGAUCUACAAUGCUGCAUUACCGCUCCAGCCUCCUGCAGACCCUGAGCACUUUGCUGUUCUCUCCUUUCCUUUUGACUGGGAUGGCUGAGCAGAAGCAGCUCAUCGAAGUCGAGCUCUUCUCAGACUACAAGACAAAUGCCUAUCAACCCACUGUUGGUGCUGUCAUCGAGAUCCAGUCCAAACAAGUGCAGAUCUACUCAUCUCAGCUCCGUAUCCAUGCCUACUUCACUGGUAUACGAUACGUUCUGUACAACUUCCCCCUGACAUCUGCAGUGAUCGGCGUGGCCACCAACUUUGCCUUCCUCAGUGUCAUCGUGCUGUUCAGCUACCUGCAGUUCAUAUGGGGCGGGCUCUGGCCGCCAGACCAAGUAAGAGUCAGGGUUAUGAUGGGGGACAACACCCGCAUCCAGCAGAGGAGAGAGGAGGCUCGGAAGCGCAUGGAGAGGGAAAACUCCCAGAGGGAGCUUGACGCUCCUAAAGUGAUUGGAUCUGUGAAUGAAACGUCUGAAUUCCAGGGGAAUGACACAGCGGCAGAGGUGCCAUCAGUUGUCCCAGAUGCCUCUGGGGAUGAUGCACCAGAUACCAAGGAGGAAGGGUCUCAUGACUCCAAGGGGUCCGAUGAGAAAGACGACUUAGACACGAUGAAUGGGUGCCUGCCGCCUCACCCGGGUGAGACGAUGCUCCGACAGAGACCCGGACCUUGGAUGAGCCUGUGAACCAUGUUGCUGCACACAGUUAAAGUACCUGUAGUGUAUGUUCUUGUGCCACAUAAUCACUCCUUAGCAGAUAGACACUGCUAGAUUCAAACAAUCCCACUGUUUCAGUACCAAUACCAAUGCACGAGAAUAUAUUACCUGUGCUGUUUAAGCUAACUACAGCUUAUUGUCUUGCCUUGAUAAGUUGACCUCAUUGUACCUUUGACCUCUGCUCAUGUCUUUCUGCUUAUUGUCUGCUCAGUGGGUGAAGACAACAGCACUAUUACAAUCUCAUGUCUGUGCCAUUUGUGUUUUGGUUGUGCCCAUACCAGGAGGUGCUGCACUCCAGCUCUGGCUUGUCCAACAGUAUUAUCAGCAGGAAUUUGGCAUUACCAACAAUUUAGCACACCCUUUUUAAGUCAGUCCAACUUGCUUGUGUUUUAUUGUACUGAUGUCUGUAGGGCAGCAUUUUCUCACAGUCACGGCCAGCUGACAUUUGAGCCACACAUAAUGACAGUCCUCCCAUAAAAGACGACUGUGACACUUAAUCACCAGUUCAGACGUAAGUAGAUGUGAAUUCUUUUUUAAUGUAACUGCCCCAUACUCGACAAAAUUUUUAAUUCCCAUACUUUUAGAGGGUACGCACAAACAUUCCCUCGUGAUAUGUUUUCUCAGAGACUCUCUCAGAGCAAUUGGAUUUGGAAAAUUUGCCCCAAAAAAGCAUCUUUGUUUUUAAUAACUUCCUAGAAAAAAAAAUUGCGAAAUGGUCCAGCCUGAGGGGUAUGAGAAAUUUGUUGCAUUUAUUAUUCUUUUUCAUCCAGCAAAUAGAGACAUUCUGUCUCAGUGUAAUUGCUGGCUUAACUGCCGUGGCACAUUAAGUUGAGGGUUCAACGCUUUUACACAGUUGGUUUUCAUUCCAUUUGAUCCUUGUAUUCAGGAUCUGUUACAGUGCAGUUUACACUCUGCAGUUUAAUGUUGUGAAAAUGGUGUUUAUUGUGUUUUCAUCACGACAAGGAACCAAGAUAUUUUAGUUGGGUCUUUUAAGAAAUAUAUUGUUAUUAUUUCUGUUAAUUAAAUGUGUCUGUAUUUAACAUUUGGGAACAUACAGUAUGAGAAGGAUAAGUGAAGCUAUUAUUGUGGAACAGAGUCUUGUUGGUAAAGCUAAUGAUGACAAAGUAAUGUAAGAAUUGCUGGGAUAUAUCUCAGCCUCCAUGUUUCAAAUCUACUCUUCAGGGGAGUUCAGGGUUUAUGCAAGUAUAUGAAAGGGUUUGUGCAAGUUGUGUUGAUGUAGGAUUUAUUACCAAAGAUAUUGAUAUGAAGCACCUCUCACUUGGUCAUCUUGGAUUCUGUCGUUUAGAGUAUUCUUGUAAAUGCCUCUGAAGUUACAUGGGUAGGUGUUACUGAUGCAUUGAUACUGAAUUAAACAAAUAAAUAACA